AUGGGUAACACACCUUCACAUCAUAAUGGACAUGCAUCACCUCAUCAUGGUGGUCAAGGUGGUGGUAAUGGUAAACAUGUAUUGGAAGAUGAUUCCAACUUGAACUCACCUACGCAUGGUAGUAGUCAUAGUGGACACGGACAUGUUUUCGGGCAUUCACAUGGACAUGGAUCAGGAAAUAGACAUCAUCCAAAUUUGAGAUUACCAAUGCCAUCUAGACCUACACACAUAUCACCUCAAUCAUCUAAUCCAACUUCACCAAGUGGUAGAAGUGGCUCGCCAAGACGUAGGAAAUCAUUAGAAUUGCCUGAUUUAAAUAAACUAUCAUUCACUCCUGCAGCUUUGACUCCAGCUGCACCUGUACCCACGACACAUACUCAUACUUCACAUCAUCUAGCUCCGUCAACAACUGCCGUAAAACAUAAUCAAACUUCUUCCACUACAAAUACAAACACAAAUACAACAUCAACAUCUUCUUCUUCAGCAAGUAACAUUCCAAUCUCAACGUCCACUUCAACCUCAACAAUCAUCACUCCUCAACAGAAGAAAUGGCAUCAGACGUUAGGUGGUAGAACAGCUUCUCCUUUAUCGAACCCAAACGCCUUGGGUGCAAUGUCAAAACUUGAUAAUUCAUCAAAAUCAGCUCCUAUUUCAAUGCCAAAUACCAACAUUCAAUCUAGACAUGAAACGAAUAAUCCUUAUUUCCCUUCCACACCAACACAAAAUCUCAAACCAAUGGCCAUGCCCAUACCCAUUCCUGUAUCUGGAAUUGGCAAGGAAUCCACACCACAACAAGGAAGUAGUAAAUUACCUCUUCCUCCAUCUCAACUACAAGGUCAAAGCGGUUUAUCGCCUCCUCCCCCAUCGAAAGCUCCUACACCUUUACCUAAAGAUAUCCAAGGGGAACAAGCAGCACAGGUACCGAUUGAUGACGGUUUAGUGAAUGUACCGAUUCAUUGGACGCAAGGUGGAAAAACAGUCUUCGUCACUGGUAAUUUCGCUGAUAAUUGGAAAGGAAGGAUCAAGCUCCAGAGAAGCACACACGACUUCAAUACAGUCCUGCGCCUUCCGCCGGGACAGUAUCGUCUGAAGUUCAUAGUAGACGAUUCAUGGAUCUGUUCAAAGAACAUAUCAACUGCGACAGAUGACGAUGGUAUCCUAGUGAACUGGAUAGACGUCGAAGCUCCUAAGACCGAGGAAGAGAUGAGAGCGGAAUGGGCCAUGGACGCUAAACCGGCGGUGAAAGAGGAGAAUGACGACGAAUCACUAUGGACAACCGUCAUACCACCCGCAUUAACACUUUAUCAAUACAUAGAAGAACUACCAACCCAUUUCUCCCCUGAAGAAUAUUCACAAUUCUUAAAAUCAGUUCCAUAUCUAUCAAACGUACCCGCCCCACCUACAUUACCCAGAAUAUUAGAUAAAGUAAUUCUGAACAGUGAUUCGAAGAGAUUAUGGGAUUCUCAUGAUCCAUUAAUGGCUCAACAAACUGGAUAUUCGAAUGCUCCAGCUGCACUAGAUGAUAAUUCGAUUCUGGCAGUACCGAAUCAUGUGGUAUUGAAUCAUCUAACGGCUAGUGCUAUUAGAAAUGGAACGUUAGGUGUUGGAACCACUACAAGAUAUAGGUCCAAGUACAUAACAACGAUGUUUUUCAAACCCACUCUAACAGAUAUGCCCGGAACGAAUUCAGCGACUGAAGCAGCUUCGCAAGUACAAUCUGAAACCCAAUCUGUCUUAUAG